AUGCGGCGCGCGCUCAGCGCGCGACGCACGAAGGCGCGCGCGGUGACGCCGCGCUGCGACGCGUCGCGCGUCGCGCGACUCGCGACGGGACGCGUCGUGUCGCGCGUCGGAUUCGGCACCGCGGCGUGGGGCGACGAGACGCGCGGGUUCGGGACGCGCUACCGCGAGCGCGACCUCGCGGCGGCGCUAUCGCGCGCGCUCGAGCGAGGCGUCACGUUCGUCGACACCGCGGAGACGUACGGGGCAAGCGCGCGGGCGUUCGAACAGGGCGCGGAGGAGAUGGUGAGACGCGCGAGGACGACGGCGAGGCGAGACGACGCGCGAGACGACGCGUUCGUCGGAACGAAAGUGUUGACGGUGCCGUGGACGAACGUGAGCGCGGGAGGGGACGUGCGAUCGACGACGAAGAGCUUGGUGGACGCGAUCGAGGCGUCGGUGGGGAGGAACGGGGGGGAGGCGUACGAUUUGGUGUCGAUUCAUUUUCCGUUUCCGACGUGGACGCAGAGCGCGCUGUGCGACGCGCUCGCGGAGGCGACGGAGCGAGGGCUGUGUCGGGCGGUGGGGGUGAGUAAUUACGACGUAAGGCAGAUGACGGAGGCGCAUGGGUUGUUGGCGAAGCGUGGGAUCGCGUUGGCGACGAAUCAGGUGAAAUAUUCCGUGCUCGAUCGAGGCGCCGAAAAGAGCGGGGUGCUCGCCGCGGCGCGGGAUUUAGACGUCGCCGUCGUGGCGUAUUCGCCCUUGAGCGGUGGGGCGCUGCGGACGAGCGCGGACCCGGAGAUUCGCACGUUGGACAAGUUGCUCGAGUUCAUCGGCGCCGUCAACGGUGGUUGGACGUCGGCGCAGGUGGCGUUGAACUAUCUCGUCCGCAAGGGCGCGAUUCCGAUUCCGAGUUGUACGAGCGUCGCGCGCGCCGACGCCAUCGCGGACGUCCUCGAAUUCGAGCUCGGCGUCGAAGACAUCGAGACUAUCGAUGAAAAAAUGGAUUACAUCGAACGCAAGUCGUGA